AUGGCUUCUCGUCUCGCUAGGAGCACGCUUGGCGCCGCCCGCCUUCGCCCUGCGCUUCCUCUCCGAACCGUCCCAGCAUUCACCACCCCCAUUACUCCGGCCCGCUAUGCUUCCAACGUCCCCUCUGAGGACCCUCAGAAGCAGGCUCGUUCUCUCGUCGACUCGAUCCCCGGUAACAGCUAUGUCACCAAGGCCGCCACCGUCUCCGCUGGAGCUGGUCUGACUGCUGCCGCCAUCAGCAACGAGCUCUACGUUGUCAACGAGGAAUCCAUCGUCGCCAUCAGUUUGUUGACCAUUUUCUGGGCUGUCGGCAAAUACGCUGGUCCAGCUUGGUCCAGCUACGCCAAGCAGCAGUGCGACAAGGUCGCCGACAUCCUCAACUCUGCCAGGGCGGACCACACUACUGCCGUUAAGCAGCGAAUUGAGAGCGUCCAGGAGCUCGGCGGUGUCAUUGACAUCACCAAGACCCUUUUCGAGGUCUCUAAGGAAACCGCCAAGCUCGAGGCUCAGGCUUAUGAGUUGGAGCAGAAGACCGCCAUUGCCCACGAGGCUAAGGCUGUUUUGGACUCCUGGGUCCGCUACGAGGGCCAGGUCAAGCAGAGGCAGCAGCGCGAGCUUGCUGAGUCGAUCAUCGCCAAGAUCGAGAAGGAGCUUGAGAACCCCAAGACCCUCAAGCAGAUCCUCGACCAGAGCGUUGCCGACGUUGAGAGAAUUGUUCAACAGAAGGCAUAAGCGUCCUCAAUUCUCCUAUCAGAGUAAACUCAAUGUGACAUAAAAACUGUGCAAUAGUCAAAUGAUCCAAUAGAUUACCCUUAGGCUUUGGACAUGGCCUCAUUCCUAUCAUCUGAACGUGUACCACAGUUUGAAUAUGUUCAUAAUACAGAAAAUACACCAUCGGCAGAGAGGAAUUUAUGCAACAGGCCUCGCAAGCUAUCAUAGGUGACGAAUCAUCUGUGAUGUAGGAUGAAGAAAAUCGAAGACUGCUUUGCGGACUACUAAUGGAGGGGAAUUAUUUUCGAAGGGUACAGUCAUUACAUUCAUCAUAAGCCAACGGAUGACGCAUUUACAUCAGUCCUCUGGACUCCCACCGUUCCUAUACUUCCACAAUCGUGAGUAGUCUUUAACUUUGAGC